AUGCGCGAUGUUCAAGUCAAUUCCCCCAUCUCCAGAUUGAGCACCUGGUCAGAACCCCCUGUCUUUGAUUCAAUGGACCACCCAAAUCUACACUCUCCACAGAACCGACAAAGCGUUCUUACUUCACGUCGGCUUCUUUUGCAAGCGUGUCACUUUUCCAAUCCGCGCAAAGGAUCGCCGGCCCACCACUCCCAUGAAGACGCUCUCAGCAGUCACUUUCUAUCGCUGGAUAUCCCGAACGACAUGAUGAUGAAAUUGAUUCGGCUGGCCCUGCAGCCGCUGGAUCUUUGUCCAAAGCACUUCCUUCGUCUUGACGAUUCUACCCAGAAGAAAUGCGACUAG